AUUUGCCAUUCCACCAGCCAGCGAACACCGCUUCGAAACCCUGAACGCAUAUCACCCGCCUCAGCGCCCAUCGCAUUCUACCAGUUCUCUCCUCCUGAACUCUGCUGUUUUGAGGGUCUAUCUUUUGGAACAAUGUCUGCAGCGGUUGCUAAGCCCAGCACGAAGCUGCUCCAGAACUUGGUAGCCUCGAAGACUGUGGCGGAGUCCUCCCUUCACGUAAAGACUCCUAAAGAGUGGCAUAUUUACGGUUUUCCCAUUCUGCCGCUGUAUGCCGUCUGGUUCUAUGUCUACUUCAUUGCCUACGAGCGCUUCUUCUCCGGUCCUGAGGUCGGAAGGCUCCUGUUUAUCCUGGUCGGCGCCAUCCACUCCUUGGCCUUCCUUGUCUGCCAAUGGAGCGUGAAAGCCGCCGCACGUCUAACCUGCAAAAAGGUCACCUCUGUUCACAACGCUGAGAUCAUCAAAAUCAUCCCAACUGCUCAUAACGGCGCGGGAGCACUUUGCGACAUCAAGCGUGUCGAGGACCCGAAGACACACAAGAAGUUGUUAUACUUCUUUUUCCAACAACGCAAGUUCGUGUACAACGAUGAAACUGGAUUAUUCGAGAAGCUGGCUUACCCGACCGAUGAGCCGCGUACGAUCGAGCAUUUCAGUAAGCUUCGCGGUCUCCCGUCGGAGGUCGAUAUUGCAGCCGCCAAUGAGAGAUAUGGUGCCAAUAAAUUCGACAUCCCGAUUCCCACGUUCCAGGAGUUGUUCAAGGAGCACAUGAUGGCACCUUUCUUUGUGUUCCAGCUCUUUUGUGUGGCUUUAUGGUUCCUUGACGACAUGUGGUACUAUUCGCUGUUCACUCUGGCAAUGUUGUUUGUCUUCGAAUCGACGGUCGUUCUCCAGCGCUUGAGGAACUUGCAGGAGUUCCGUUCCAUGUCCAUCAAACCAUAUCCCAUCCAUGUGUAUCGGGCAGGGAGAUGGCAUCUCAUUCAAACAGACCGCCUACUACCCGGAGACAUCGUAUCUAUUGUUCGGCAAAAGGAUGAGUCACCCGUGGCUGCUGAUAUGAUUCUACUCAAUGGAUCGUGCAUAGCCAAUGAGGCCAUGUUGUCUGGAGAGUCUACACCGCAGUUGAAAGAGCCGAUCACUUCCCGCGAAAGUGAUGACAUCUUCAACCACGUGGAGGACAAAAACAACUUGCUGUACGGAGGAACAAAGGUUCUCCAGGUCACGGGCGCAAAGGAAGAAGGGGGCAUCCCAAUCCCGCCUGACAACGGAGCUCUCGCUUAUGUCGUACGAACUGGCUUUGCCACGCAGCAGGGAAAGCUUGUGCAGACAAUUAUCUACAGUACGGAGCGCAUAACCGCCAACAACCUCGAAUCCUUACUAUUCAUCGUCUUUCUCCUUGUCUUUGCCAUUGCCGCAUCGGCGUACGUUUGGAUUGAAGGCACGAAGAACGAAGAGCGCAACCGCAACAAGGUUCUAUUGGACUGUAUUCUCAUCAUUACCGCCGUGGUUCCUCCGGAACUGCCUAUGGAACUGUCGCUUGCCGUCAACAACUCAUUGAUCGGACUGGCAAAGUCGUACAUCUAUUGCACGGAGCCCUUCCGCAUUCCAUUCGCAGGGAAAAUUGACGUCGCUUGCUUCGAUAAAACCGGGACUUUGACCGCCGAGAAUUUGAUUGUCGAGGGAGUGACGGGACUGGACCCUAACAACGUUGACCAAUUGUUGAAGCCCAAUGCGCUUCCCGAAAGGACGACCCAAACCCUUGCAGCUGCGCACGCUUUAGUCAUGUUGGAUGAUGGGAUCAUUGGAGAUCCCAUGGAGAAGAACACACUUGAGAGCGUUCAGUGGGAUCUGACUAAGGGCGACAUCCUGCAUCCGAAGGCGGAAGCCCGGAUCGGGGGGAUCGGGGGCAAAAACUCCCUGCGGAUCCUGCGACGUUUCCACUUCUCAUCCGCUCUGAAACGCAUGUCCACGUUGUCCGCCCGUAACGAAGAUGGCAAAGAGAAGAUCUUUGUCGCAGUUAAAGGUGCACCGGAAACGAUCAAAGAUAUGCUCGUGUCUGUUCCCAAAGGCUACGACGAGCAUUACAAAACGUGGGCAAGGCGCGGAAAGCGUGUCUUAGCACUCGGAUACAAAGUCGUCGACCCGAAAGGCUCUGUCGAAUCGGUUGCCCGCGAUCUGCACCGUGACCAAGCGGAAAGUGCUCUCCACUUUGUCGGUUUCCUGGUCUUCGGCUGUCCCCUGAAGGAUGACGCCGUCAAGGCCGUCAGGAUGCUCAACAAGUCUUCCCAUAGAACCGUGAUGAUCACGGGUGACAACGCCCUGACAGCAUGUCACGUCGCCCACCAAGUCGAAAUUGUCAAGAAUGAAGUGCUUAUUGCAGACGUUUGGGAGAACGGCAAGCUUGCGUGGCGGUCUAUCGAUGAGAAGACCGAGUUGGAGCCCCGAUUGGAGCAGACAGCUUUCGACUCUCGUCUGGAAGAGUACGAUCUUUGCUGUACCGGCAAAGCCCUGGAGCAGCUUCUAGGAUCUCCCGCCUUUGCAUCGCUUUUGCCCCGGUUGUGGGUGUACGCCCGUGUCUCCCCAGGCCAGAAGGAGACGAUUCUCACCGAGCUCAAGCAGGCUGGUUACACGACCCUCAUGUGCGGAGACGGUACCAACGAUGUAGGGGCUCUGAAGCAAGCGCACGUUGGUAUCGCGCUGCUAGAUGGCAAAGCCGAAGACAUCGAAAAGAUGAACAACAAGAUGAAAGCCAUGCGACAGAAGGCUAUCUUGGAGCAGCAGGCCAAGCUGCGGGAGAAGUGGGGGUUGCCGCCAGUGGACGGCCAACCUGGACAGUCAAAGCAACAGGUUACAAACGGUCCUAGCGCGCCGGGCUCAUCAGGGUCACCGGGGUCCGUCACGGCCGCUGGAGCAAACGCGACCAAACCCAAGAAACCGCCAGGAUUGCAGGAUACCUUGUCGGCCGCUAUGGAAGCAAUGGACGACCAAGAGGGCGAUGUCCCCAAGAUCAAAUUCGGCGAUGCCUCCGUCGCCGCUCCAUUCACGUCCAAGAUCUCCUCCGUCAUGAGCGUCGUCAACAUCGUUCGUCAAGGCCGUGCCACACUGGUCGCCAUGGUUCAAAUGUACAAGAUCCUCGCCCUGAACUGUCUCAUUUCCGCCUUCUCCAUGUCCGUCCUAUACCUAGCCGGCAUCAAGCAAGGCGAUUGGCAAGCCACCAUUGGGGGCAUGAUGAUCACUGCCUGCUUCUUCGGUAUCGCAAAGUCGACCGCUUUGGAGGAGCUUUCCCGCCAACGUCCCCAAUCGAACGUGUUCAACCACUACGUCAUCAUCUCCGUGCUGGGCCAAGUCAGCUGUCACGUCGCUUCGCUGAUGUACAUCCAGCAACAGGCCGCGUACUACUCUGACGAUCUUGACGAGGAAAUCAAGCUCGACGCUGAGUUCCAGCCGAACCUGCUGAACAGUGGUGUCUACCUCGUCUCGCUCAUCAUGCAGAUCUCGACGUUUGCCAUCAACUACCAAGGACUACCUUUCCGUGAGAGUAUCCGGAAUAACAAGGCUUUGUACAACAGUCUCAUGAUUGUGGGAGGCAUUGCGAUUGCGGCCGCGACUGAGGUUUCCGAUGAGCUGAACGAGUGGAUGCAGCUGGUGCCGUUCCCUGAUAAGUUCCGGACAAAACUCGUCAUCACGAUGGCACUUGAUUUCUUCGGCGCAUGGGUCGUCGAGCAGAUCUGCAACUACUUCUUCUCGGAUAGCAAGCCGAAAAUGAGCUUGUUCCCGCGAGGAAAUCAGUAGACAGGGCCCAAAAGAAGCAGAUCGCUAUAACCUAGACAUAUACACGUACCGCCGAUUUCUCUUCCAUUGUUAAAUAGUACUACUUUCUAUUUAUGUUUGGCGACUCUAUCUAGUGCAACUUCAAUUGAAAU